UAGCCUAUUCUCAGACAAGUAUUCAAAGGAGCAAUCCGUUCGAGUGGUUUUAUGGAGUCAUUUUGUACAAAAUUUCCUUUCCAAAUCUACAUUUGUGAAACAGUCAAAAUGGUAUUCUUUGGAGAUCGAUAUGCGCAGAUUGAUACGAUUGAUGCACCCAUACUACUACAACUUCAGGAUAAUGUACCUGUAGGAAUUUUGGCCCAUUUCGCCCAAUUGAUUAAUAGCGGUGAAUUGAGACUCAGAAGUUUUGGCGGAUCAGAGAAUAUAAAAAGAUAUGGUCAGCCUGUACCUCCUAAUUAUGAUGUAUCUAAAAUACCUGUUCCAGUUUCUCUGGUUGUUGGAGCAAACGACUGGUUAGGAACAUUAGACGGAUUUGUCACUCUCCAUACAAAGAACUGGCCAAUUGAGUUAAUCAAAAUGUUUGGAUUUCUUCAGAAGAGAGGAAACUUGGGAUGGACAUGAAAAACCGACGUGUUC